AUGGGUGUCGCGCGCCUGUUUCGCUGGAUAUACGAGAGAUAUCCGCUUGCUGUGACUACUCCCGGAGCCUCUUUUGUGUCCCGCAUCGAUAACUUGUACAUAGACUUCAAUGCACUCAUCCACGAAAGCAUAAGAAAAGAUUCUUACAUUCCUUUUACGUUUACUGAAGCUAUGAUUUUUGGAGAGAUCGCAGACUAUAUUCAGGUUUUGGUAUCCACUGCACAGCCGCGUAAACGCAUUUUUAUCGCAACCGACGGGGUGGCACCUGAUGCAAAAGCAAAACAGCAGCGAACCAGGCGUUACAUGGGCGCCUAUGAAAAGAUUGGGACAAAAAUCUAUAGAGAUAGUAUUGCAGGUACCGCUACUGUUUUGUCCGAGGCUGAACUCCUCACCAGUCAGCAUAUAGCAAAUGGGAACGAUGACGACCAGACUCUACCCCCUCAAAACGUUAAGGCAGCUAUUUCUCCGGGCACAUUAUUCAUGGACAGGUUACACUCAUUUCUGAUAGCAUUUGUAGCCAAAAAUGUUGACAGUGAAGCGCCUGGCUGGGUGCAGCCUUCAGUGACGAUUUCGGGAUGGGACAUGUGUGGCGAAGGGGAGCAUAAGAUUAUGGCAGAAAUCAGACGUCUCAGGCAGCUAGAAGAGUUGGCUGCCAGUAGAGCAGAUUGCUCUGAGACGUCCUUUUCAGAGUUCUUCCCUCACCAUGAGAGCCACUGCAUCUGUGGCUUGGAUGCAGAUAUUGUGCUCUUGGGGCUAGGUCUUCAUGUACACAACGUCUAUGUGCUUCGUCUUUGGCAACCGCCAUUUGUUGCUGAUACAGUGGACAUACUAGAGUCUAAACGGCACCCUACUGAUAGGGAACUCAUAGUUGUCGAUCUAUCUUGUUUUCGGGAAUGCAUUGUAGCAGAACUUAUUAGUAAUCGGUUCCAUAAUCCAAAGCUUCUCCAUGCUCUCUGUCAUCAGUCGUUUCCACAUACAUACAUGCAGCGCUUAAAAAACUGCUAUCCAAGGCUAUCUAGGGAGAUGAAUGACAGUGGCAUGCUUUCCCGAAUGUCUCUUAAUGUUCUUCAAGAAGCGUUUAUUUGGUCUCCGUUGGCAUCCGCCCUGAUAGUAGACUUCAUCAUCCUCACCCUAUUCGUGGGUAACGACUUCUUGCCAGAGGUGCCUGGGAUGCUUGUAAAGAAUAACUCCCUAGAUAAUUGCAUAGCUAUUUAUAGAGAGUUGCUAGCAGAUACUUGCUUGCUCGAUGAGCUUUGCAAAAAUAUCAAGAAUAUGUGUCAGGAUAGAUCUACUGACAAGGACUUUAUCCACCCUUCGUUUUUGAUCACCGAAGAAGGUAAGCUUCGCUUUGAUAAGAUACAGAUGCUUUAUUCACGAAUUUCGCAACAGACAGUUAUAAACAGCAUGGUUGAUGAUGUGAUCGCCCUUUUCAAUCUUCAGUUGCAGGUAGAAAAGUCGGCAGACGCUAGAAGAUUAAGUGAUGACUGGAUGGACACGGUUACAAGAGAGUGUUCAGAGGUGGUUAACUAUUUAGAUAUCAAGGUCCCAGAAUCAGAUCCAGAUAAAAAGCUUAUUAAGAAGGCGGUUACAUUGGCAAUGAAAAAGAAAUCGACCAUCUUUUUCUAUUACUAUAAGAAGUACUCACAGAAAUUCAACGCGCUCUACUCUCCACUAAUCGAGAAGACCCUAACCCAGAAGCAGCUGAACAGUAGACCUCCACGGAUAGAAGCUGUCACUGACCUUUUUCAGGAGCUGGAGUGUAUCAAGACUAUAUCUUCAAGUGAGGGUCGUAUCAAGAUAAUUUCUAGCUGUCUCUUUGAUCAUAAAGGCACGGGAUUUAACAUCAUUAAAGUAGCGCUUCUCAUCCUGGAUAUGUGCAGCAAUUUUCGUGAAAAGGAGCGAGCUGCUUCUAGCUCAAGUUACUCCGAUGUAAUGGUGCUAGAUGCCAUAGGGGUUUUGGAUGACAUUAUUUCAAAGACACCACUGCUUACGCGCCUGAGACCGUAUCAUGAUCUGGUGCGUUCAUACCUACGCACAACCGUAAUGGUAAUUAAGUAUUAUAUGUCCUUCAAGGGAAAUCCAGAGUGGUCUUGGUUUUUCUCAUAUCCAUUUAGUCCGUUAAUAAGUGACCUAGCUCUCUAUACGGCUUGUACUGGUAGCGGUGUUAGUGGUUCUUUAACAUUUUCGCAGGAAUUAGCCGACUUUACAUCUGAGCCCCUCUGCAUCAGUUCUGAUAUCUCUGAAGCCAGCUAUGACCGUCUGUCUAAGAUUUUACAGACUUAUACUGGGCCUGAGUUUUCUUUUCUGAAUGAUCGCCCAAAAACAGCUCUUACUCAACUAUGUUCAGUCAUUUCUCCGGAACAUUUGAGCACGUUUCUUUACAAGCAUGUCGUUACCCAGAGGCUUAUGGAUUUUUAUAAGAACAUCCCGAACUGGGAUGACAUAUUUAUUUUAAAUGAAACAUCAUCUUUUGAAUCCUUUUACUUCAAGAUUAACUUGCGGCGCCCAACACCGUAUUUUGUUGAAAGAAAGUGGUUCAAUCAAAGCGUUCAAUAUGGAGAUGGGUUUGAAAAGUUGUUUUCAGCAUAUUAUAAGGACUAUCCACUGGGGAUUUCGGAGUUUUUCCCCCUAAAGGAAAUUUAUAACUAUACCAGUAACAUUAACAACCUUCUCCCCAAGGACUCUCUCAUUGCUUCAUCAUCUACUACCAGGCAUGCUCCAAUUAGCUCUACAAAACAGUACGAGGCUCUGUCACACAUGAUACGCACAGGAUGCGAAAUACAUAUUUUCAGGAGUCUGCCUAGCGAUUCACUCCUCCACAAAACGCUGACCAGUGCAUUGGAGGCAAAUAGCUGCUACUUGUUUUGUCAGCCCGGCCAGACACUUGGAUUAAACAGAUCCCGGUUCGGCGCUGAUUACGAGCUCUUUUAUAUACCUGAGCUUUCAGUGGCGUUACAAAGCGAGUACUUGCGUAGCUAUUCUCCAGAAACUUGCACUGGAUCUUAUACUUCCUUAGGUGUCUGGCUUGCACGCUACAACAAGGAUUUGAAAUUGAUUUCUGAGCAACCAGAUGAACAAUAUGAGAUACGCCUCCACAAAGCAACGAUCUGGUUCACACAGCAGCAAGAUGAGCUAAAGCCACAAUUCAACAUUGACUAUGUAGAUAUUUUAGAUCGCACCAGUAGAGCGGACGCUUAUUCAACGCAUCUCUACCUUUCUGCCGGGGGAAAGGGGGCGCGGACUUCUUCUGAAAUCCUACGGACAAUAACGGUUGGAAGAACGCCAUUUCCUAUUAGAUAUACGGGACUGCGAAUUUACACCUCUGCGAUUUCAGAUGUUGACUUUAGCGAUAGGGGUAUGGGUUUUAUUAUUUGCAAUUCUCAGACAUAUAAAUCUCAAACACUCUGUCUCUACCCAUCUUUUGAUCAGCACAUUGAUCAGCAGCAUUUUGCCUCAUACUACCGCCAUCAAGAAGACAUCUAUCAAUGCUGGCUUAAUUUGAACGUUUUCAAUGAAAAAGUACAUGACUCACUUGACGUUAACCCUGAUCUGUCUUCCUCACGGGAGCUGGAAUUCUUGUCCAGCCGCACUGGUGCAAGUGUUACCAAACUCAUUUGUGGCUCACCUGCACUGACAUACGGAAACUCGCAAGUCGGCAUCCUUUAUGGCAUUCUAAUCGAUGGUUGCAUUUACCUUAGAAAAAAUCUGUGUGGAGGCUUUGUAGAUUGUACAGAACACUUUGUGGAUAUCAUUGCCAACCAAUUCUUCAGCCAAACAGGACCACAAGAGCUUUUGGGAGACUGGUUCCGAUCCUAUUGGACGCUCAACAAAGGAGUGAUGGUUGAUGUUCCUUCGGCUGGAAUAGCCAUAGUAGCGCCUCUCAACACUCUUACUUCGAUAGAUGGCAGCCCUAUAGAGAUGUUAACCGUACACAGCGAAUUGCAUGGAGGCAUAAGCAUGGCAAUUCAGCGCUUACGCGAGAUUCUUCUCAAUAGAGAGUACUCGCCCAUGGGCUCAGUGAGUAAGUAUUCUAAUGUGGUACCUAGUGCCUCUCUUUCUAUAAUACCUGUUGCUUUAACCAUGUUCCAUGACCGUAUUCAACGAUCAAGGAUCCUGAGCGCGCUUUGUCCGUUCUUGGGGUUGCCAAUGACGAUCAAGGCGGUAGAAGAUUUUGCUGCAUACCUGUCGAGGCGCACUCACUUUCACGUUGGGAUUGAAGGAGCUAAUAAGGCCGUUACUACACAGUACACAAUAUCAGAACGUGAUGUUCUUGCAUUACUGCGUCCUCACAUUACCGAGAGCGUCCCGUUUAUUUUGCCGCCUCAGCGGCUUAAAGACUUAUUGGUGGAAAAAAGCCUCCCUCUAACCUCUGUGUCUGCGAGAGUUGUUGAGUACUCUUCACUGGAAGAUAGGUCUAUUACCCAGCCGUUGGUUUCACUGGAUAUGUUAGCUCUUCUGUGCCCAUGUGUUAACUACUUAGAUAUCCUUGAGCAUGAAUUGAGCGUAACUGUCACACAGGAGUACUUUGAGUUCCUUGUCUCCAGAAUAGAUAUGGAAGGAUCGGAUAAGCUGUUUAGAAACAUCGGGCUGACUGUCAAGGGAUCUAAUUGGUAUACGCCUGGAUACUUUGUCUUAUACGAAGGUGAAUUGUGGCCAACGUAUUUCACUAUCUAUACUAUACUCUUGUAUAAGUUUGCUCUUCCUUUUUCAACAAAAGCCUUGAAGUAUGUCAUGGAUAAUGAUGGAAGGAAAUGCUCACUAUUACCUACAACGAAACAUAUUUCACCGUACUAUAGAUAUAUAAUGGAUAAGAACUCACCUGAAAAAUUCCUAAUCAAUAAUGUACCUGUCACUCCUCAGACCAGACGCGCAAUUUAUAUAUCUGAUCCCCGACUAAUUCCUGUGAUAAAUUUGGGACCUCUCUUUCCCAAAAACAACAGGAAACAUUGUUUCCCGUAUCUAAACGGUCUCGACCAUCUCCUCAGUAACAUGAGCUACUACAUCCACGGCAUUCUGGUCCCGUUACUCUAUAGACAAAAGGUGCCAUCGAAUGUAUCUGUUCUCCCCCAUCCGUUUGUGUCCAUGGCGCAUAAACAACUAGCCACGUUUUCAGUUAGUGGGAAAGGAACAGUUCUUACAAAACAACCUCUUACAUUACAGACACUUCUACAAAACGAUACGUCUGGAAAGCUACCAAAAAUAACGGUAGGGUCUCUUGUGCUGCUCAAUAACAGGUCUGUUUCAGUGCCUGGUGCAUGGGCAGGAAGUGGACAGGUAGGGCUUGUGUUGCGUAAUGACAGAUUGGAGACUCUCAUACUCGUUAGCGGGACAACGUCAUCUACAUGCGGGCUUGUGUCUGAAACCAGCAACCUUAUACGCAUCUCUCCCACCUAUGAUAUUAAUAGAAUUUGCUUGAAGUUAGCCAGUUCCGACUCCUCUCUGAAUCCUUGUGUGGACACACUAGCAUACCUGGAUGGCUCCCAUGUACUGUCCAUUUUUAGAGCACAGUGUAGUGCACACCACAAGGCUUCCUUUGCAAAUAGUGUGCCAAAGCAUUUGAAUUUACGGCCUCUAUCUGCUAAGCUUUCUCCAGUGAGUUGGUGUGGUACCUCAUUACUAGAGGGUCUAUUUCUACGGUAUGAUAAUAACAUCAAGCUUAUUAGCUGCAGUCGUGCUACAACACGUAUAAUCAUGUCUAUAGCCAUGUCAUCGCCCCCUGACUCUAGCCACGUGCCCUCAUUUACAAAUGUUCCGAUGCAUGCAACAUGGAAUCCGAAAAAUUGUCCGAACGAGAAGCAUGCACAAGGCAAAUCUGAACCUGAGAGGCCAAUCAAGCAUAUUGCUCUCACUAUUCCGAGCAAAGGCAAGUAG